UAAAUUAAAUAAGUGUCCAGAGGACUUUUGUCCACGAUUGUAGGUGAACCCUGCAGAACAGGCGGAUUAGCGGAGCAGAGAACGAAACGCGAUACAAGAGCGCGGGGCGCACGAUUUCUUUCUUCUCGCGCUUCGCACUCGUGGUCGCGCUCCGCGCUCGUGUAUCGCGUUUCGCUGUCUGCCCCGCCAAUCCGCCUCUUCUGCAGCUAGCGAAGAGGAUCUAGGACGAUAUGUGUGUACAUACAUGACGCAAGUACUUCAAGUGGGAAUCUAGACCGCUGGUCAGCGAGAAGGAGGUCUCGCUGUUUGAGUGAGACACACGUGUGUGGAACCUUCCAAGUUUUCGGUGUCCUCAGUUGUAAUGGGAAGAAAGAACAAAUUUUCGAGUAAGUGGUCGACUGAUGCAACACCAAUAGGUCCUGGUAGGAAAGCAAGGAAGCAACCAGCACCGAAGUUACCAAAACAGUUGGGAAGUGGUACACAGAAGAAGAACAACAAUGUUCAGAAGGCUAAAAAAAGAAGGAUAAAAGAAUUACAGGAUUCUGAUGGAAUUGUAACAUUCAAUAACAAGUCUGGGACCAAGAAGACAAAGAAGUCAAGAUUCACAGAGGAGUCUAGUGACAAUGAAGAUAAAAAGGACAUGAACAACAUACUGGCUGGAGGAUCCAGUGAUGAAGAUGUCAAGCUUAAUUUCAAGUCUAAGCCAUUCAGUGAUGGGAACAAAACGUGGUUAAAACUUGCUCAGAGCGAUGGAGAAGACAGUGAUGAAGAGCGAUGUGAUGAAUUUGGCAGCGAGGGCUCUGAUAAUGCAGAAAAUAUUGACAACAGUGUUGACGACAGUGAUGAUGAUGAUGCCAAUGAUGAGAUGCUGUCUAUUGAGAGAAAAUCUGAAAAAUUGGACAAGAAAAAGGCCAGAGACAAGGCUUUAGCAGAACAAGAACUAAAAAUUAACAUUGCUGAAACUGAAGUGUUUGUGCUUCCAAGUGGGCAGCAAAUUCAGAAAGAAGCAAAUGAGCACACAGAUUUAACUUUGAUUAAUCAGAGAAUCAGAGACAACAUUCAGGCCCUCAACAACUUUAGUACCGCACGUGAAGCUGGCAGAUCACGACAGGAGUACCUGGAUUUGCUUUUAAAUGACCUUUGUAAAUAUUACAGUUAUGGCAAAUUCCUUAUGGAGAAAUUUAUGGAUCUUUUCCCAUUGAAUGAGUUGCUUGAAUUCCUGGAAGCAAACGAAGUUCAAAGGCCAGUAACUAUUAGAACAAAUACAUUUAAGACAAGAAGAAGAGAUCUUGCUCAGGCCCUUAUUAACCGUGGAGUAAAUUUAGAUCCUAUUGGUAAAUGGUCAAAAGUUGGACUGGUUGUCUAUGACUCAUCUGUUCCAAUUGGAGCCACCCCAGAAUACCUUGCAGGGCACUACAUGUUGCAAGGGGCUUCUUCCAUGCUCCCGGUCAUGGCUUUGGCUCCACAGGAAAAUGAGCGUAUUUUGGACAUGUGUGCAGCCCCAGGUGGAAAAACAACAUACAUAGCUUCACUCCUAAAGAACACUGGACUUGUGGUUGCAAACGAUGCUAAAAAGGACAGAACAAAAGCCUUGGUAGCUAAUAUUCACAGAUUAGGAAUAAGUAACACUCUGGUGUGUAAUUAUGAUGGCAGAGCAUUUCCAAAGGUGAUGGCAGGGUUUGAUCGUGUUCUUCUUGAUGCUCCGUGCAGUGGAACAGGAGUUAUAUCAAAGGACCAGUCGGUCAAAAUCAACAAGACAGAAAAGGAUAUUCAGCGAUGCUCCCAUAUUCAAAAAGAACUCCUUUUGUCUGCUAUUGAUGCUGCAGAUGCCAGAUCAUCCACUGGUGGAUACAUUGUAUAUUCCACCUGCUCUGUUUUGGUGGACGAAAAUGAGUGUGUAAUAGACUAUGCCCUCAGCAAAAGACACGUAAAAUUAGUGUCAACCGGACUUGACUUUGGCCAAGAAGGAUUCUCCAAGUUUAGGGGAAAGCAUUUUCAUCCUUCUUUGAAACUAACCAAGAGAUUUUUCUCACAUACUCACAAUAUGGAUGGAUUUUUUGUUGCUAAGUUCAAAAAAUACUCCAACAAAAAAUUCUCCCUUAAAGAGUCGUCAAGUGCAAUAGUUGGCAAUCUUAACACUAGUCCCAUUCCAAAGAAAGAAAAUCAAGAAACUCAUUCCGAAAGCAAACAAACUGACAAAGAAAUGAAACAGAAAACUAAAGGUGUCAAGCCCAAGAGGCGUUUGAGGGGUAAGAGGCUAGCUGCUCAGAAGCUCUGUGAAGAGUAUGUAGCCAGACAUUGUGAACCAAUGGAGCAAGACCUAGACAACAAAUAAUGUAGGUAUUGGAAAAAGAAAUCAGCGUUAAAUGUGUUACGUUAUGUUAUCUCCUCAGCACAAGCUCGAGGAAUAGCUGUUAAAUAUAUUACACUAGUAUGUGAACCACUGGACAGAAAAAUCCUUCCACACUUGAAAAGUUAUUUGUAAAGUGUUCCACGCGUUGUGUAAAUAAAAAUGUAAAAUUUUA